AUAUGACGAGGUCGAGGGAACAUGGGUCCUGGCGAAGCUUUCUUUACCAGAUGUUGUUGAUGAUUUGAGGUGAUGAUGACAGAAUAUACUACUUUUGAUUAUGUCUGGAGAGUUGUAUUGAAAGUUGACAGUAAAGACCAAAGAACACAAACUUGUCUUCAGUACACACUGACAGAAAACGACAAAACCCGUUUCCUUGGCGCAUUGGUGGGCGAGAGUAAUCCACGAUGCCUUAAGCAAUUUCUUUUGAAAUCAAAAAACCCAGCAGCGGCCAACCUCAAAUUACACAAUGCAGAAUUUAUGCCAGAUGGUCGUUUUAUGCUCACCGUAGAGACAAAGACAAGAAAUAUUGCAUUGUUACAGCAAUAUGAUGUUGAGACGUGUGUUUACAAAUGUCUUAAGGAGAACAAUUGUUGGGAUCUAUUGUUGUGCACAGAGACAGGUGUAAUAUUAUAUCCAGAGGAAUUGCUGAAAGAGUACAAAGAGUUGAAGGUUGACACCAAACACUAUUGUAAACCUGACAAGGUGAAGGUUAGGGAGUUACAGAAAUCUUAUGGUUACGCAUAA